GGCGCCGCAGAGCUCCCGGCCCGGGGUUCCCCGCGCGGCGCUAUCCCGCUCCCGGGGCCGCGCGUCCUGUGGAGGUCGGGAUGCAGGAUUCUGGAGAGGCAGUGACUACGGCCGGGGAGGCCGAACUGAACUUGUCCCGCCUUAGCGUGUCCCCCGAGACGCUGGAGUCGGAGCUGGAAUCACGGGGCGAGGAGCGGCGCGGCGCGCGGGAGGCGCUGCUGCGGCUGUUGCUUCCGCACAACCGUCUGGUGUCGCUGCCGCGGGCUCUGGGCAGGGGUUUCUCGCAUCUUCAGCUACUGGACGUGAGCGGCAACGCAUUGACCGCGCUAGGGCCGGAGCUGCUCGCGUUGCGCGGCCUACGCACGCUGCUCGCCAAAAACAACCGGCUGGGAGGUCCCGGCGCGUUUCCCAAGGGUCUGGCCCAGUCGCCUCUCUCUCGCAGCCUUCAAGUGCUCAACCUCAGCGGGAACUGCUUCCAAGUGGUGCCCCCCUCGGUGCUGGAGCUGCGCGCGCUGCAGACCCUUAGCCUGGGCGGCAACCAGCUGCAGACGAUCCCGGCUGAGAUCGGGAACUUGCAGAGUUUAGAGUGUUUAUAUCUUGGAGGAAACUUCAUCAAAGAAAUCCCACCAGAAUUAGCAAAUCUGCCUUCUCUGAAUUACUUGGUAUUAUGUGACAACAAAAUCCAAAGUGUGCCUCCUCAACUUUCACAGUUGCAUUCACUUCGUUCCCUCAGUCUUCACAAUAACUUGCUGACGUACCUGCCUCGAGAGAUCCUCAAUCUUACUCAUUUAGAAGAAUUGAGUUUGCGAGGAAAUCCCUUGGUUGUUCGUUUUGUUAGAGAUUUAACCUAUGACCCUCCAACUCUCCUGGAAUUAGCUGCACGGACCAUUAAAAUUCGAAAUAUUUCCUACACUCCCUGUGAUCUUCCCGGGAAUCUUCUUAGAUACUUGAGUUUAGCCAGCAAUUGCCCAAACCCAAAGUGUGGAGGAGUCUACUUUGACUGCUGUGUCAGACAAAUAAAAUUUGUGGACUUCUGUGGAAAGUACCGCCUUCCCCUGAUGCACUAUUUGUGUUCGCCGGAAUGCUCUUCCCCUUGCAGCUCCACCUCUCACAGCUCCACUUCCCAAAGCGACUCUGACUCGGAGGAUGAAGCUAGUGUUGCUGCACACAGAAUGCAGAAAGUUCUUCUCGGUUGAAAGGCGUGUGGGGUCGUAUGAAACACUGAAAGACUGAGAGAAGGUAGUUAGAAAAGGAAAUAGACUUUGAAGUUAAACAUUAUCUUCAUUUUGAAUGUUCAUGAAAGAAUCAGAGAUGAUGUAAAAGACUAUGAUUUAUCUACCCACAGCAGGAAUGAGUCCAGUUCCAUCUUAGGAUUCUUUGAAUAUAAUUCAACUCUGAAGGCAGUUUCAAAUGUGGCUGUUUGCAACUUUCACUCAUAGCAGACUAGAACAUUCUGAAGAGCAGUGCUGUGAUAAACCACGAGUGGUGUAACUUGUGACAGUUGAGAUGAAGAAAUGUUUGAAGCUGUGAUUGCUACCAAAAUUGUCCUUGGGUAUAGGUUGAACACUGUACAGUAAUAGGAUUAACCCUCCUUUCUUGUAUUGCUCAUACAUCUAGAUUACAGAGCUAUUCAGAUAAGCUCACAGAUGGUUACAAUAGACCUAAACCUUUCUGACCUACUAACUGGUAAUGUAGGGGAUACAACUUUAUGUGUGAUUUUAAAACUGUUCCGUUCUGCUCCUUUAUUUUAUGUAAUUGUUAUUACCCAUAGGUAAUCCAGCAGUGACUGUUACAGUGCCUUAAGACCUAGCUACUAGGAUUUAGAAGUUUUUUCAAGACAUGAUGUCAAAGCAGCCUACAAAUACUAGGCAGAAUACUUUGAAAUGUGCUUUAACAGAACUAGGUAAACAGCUAUAUAUUUGACAUCUGAGGCCAUGGCCACCUUCACUUCAUUUUUUGCUUAAACAUGAAGUAAUCGCCUAACAAAUCACUUUUACACUUAAUGGGAGACCAUAGUCCUUAUCAUCUAUUGAUCAUAAGAGAAUAAUAGUUUUUGAUUGAAAAAGCAGUCAGAUUUCUUUUCAUAGGAAAGAGAUGUAAGCUAGGAAAGCUGCUUUAUGUCUUUCAUUAAAGAAGUGGGAAAAUGACUUAAACAUUUUAACAGUCAGAUAUGACUCCAUUGCCUAUGUGUACUGAACUGUAACUUUCUCUACAUUUUAAAGAAACACUAGAAAAACAUUACAACAAACCAAAUAAAAUUUGGGGCAGCGGUCAUUGUGUUUGUAUACAAUAGAAUAAUUUUUAAAACCAAUUUAAUGGAAUAUUUUUUGAAAAUAAUAUUGACAAAAAAUUAUUAAAUAACCCUUAAAAUAUAGCAGAAAAAUGUUUUCACAGAUUCCUUGCUACUAGAAAUUACCAAAUUUUUAUCAGUUUAAUAUGCAAUAAAAAUUGAAUAAUGGUCUAAUUACAAGUAGAUAUUAUACACAGCACAUAGUAGCAAUCCUUAGAUCAUAACCUAUAAUAACAUGAUGGUCUGUUAGUACGUGUUAUCUGUACAGCAGUAAGUAGAUCAGAGGUGCAUUAGAACAGGAAAUGAUCUCCCUUCUGACUUGCUGGCAUUCAUGAAUGGGCGCAUCAUUUCUCAAAAGCAAAUUGUUUUUCAGUAAUACGUACAUGUAUUAGGUUUAUGUCAUUUUUUUUAUCUUAAAAUAUACUGUAGGAUAGUUCAGAGAUUGUUUAUUAUAUAUGUUAAUUCAUGAAACAUGGGAGUUUCAUGACUGCAGUUGUGAAACGCUGCUAUAGGGUAAGUCCCUUCCCCUUGUUAGAAUGUAGUAAGAUUCUUUUUUCCUUUUCAGAAAUCUUCUGUUUCUAUAAAAGUAACCUAGUAUAUUUCUACCGCCUAGCAAAGUAGUACAUGGGUGAUUAUAUCUUACAGUAGAGGUAAUAAAAAGACUUGUUUUCUUCAUUUGUACCAUAGCAAGCUAUAUGCUACAAACUUAUGACUGGUAAGUAAAGAUGACUUAGGUAGUGCCUAAGAGGAAAGCUCGAAGUGUUUUGUAAGUGACUUCAUUUAGAUAUACAAAAUAUUUUUAUAGAAAAUAGAUAAUGUAUUCAUAGUAAAAUACUCAAUAGGAGCAAAUUUUUUGGCUUAAAUGCCUCAGUUUACUUUCAAAUUCAUUACCUGCUUAACCUAACAGUUUGGGUAAUCUUCUAAGAGUUAGUUUUUGUAAUAUAAAUGGGUAGGUAUAUAAAUAAGGUAUUUAACCUUAUAUACCUCCUCCCAGCUUCCCAGAAAGAUGAUACGCUGAUUGAGCUUUUACAGAUGUAAGUAGGUCUAACCAGAAAUAGCAUCUGGCCUUUGCUAUGUAAUGUAGAUGUAUAUCAUAGUAUACAACAAAUUAUCUUUGAACAAAAAGUUUGCUAUGGUUCUCUAUAUGUACAUUUGAAAACCUAAGAUCAGUGUUCAGCUGUCUUUGGUUACUCUUAUUUAAAUCUACAGUAUAACUGUUAGUUUUAUCUUUUUUUUUUUUUAAUCUUUGACAAGAGCUUUUUACCUUUUAACCUUUUACAAGAGCUGCUGAUAAUUUCUAAGAUUUUCCCCAGUCUUCCUUCUCCCACCUUUCCUUUUUUCAUAACUGGUGACUGCAGAAAUGAAACCAGAAGGUGGAAACCAGAUAUUUAGCUCCCGAAUCAUAUAGCUGAUUAUGCAUUUUAAAUGAUAGGUCAUAUCUCUUUAGUUGUUAAGUCACAUAUUUGUGCUUAAACUAUAGUUCAUAAAUUUUCUGUAUUUUCUGAGAUGUAUAGAAUCUCUACUAAUUUUCAUAAUGAAAUAAGGGUUUUUUUAAUCUCCACUUGGGCAAUUUUAGUGACCAAAACAUGUGGAUAAAACUGUUAAACUAGAGCAUUAUGAAUUCUUCAGUGCUAAUUUUUAAAAUUGAAAUAGGUUGAAUAUUCUUAGUAUAUUUUAUUCCUAGAAUCCAGUUCUCAGUGUCACCAGACUGAGUCGUGAAAUAGUCCUAGGAUUUCAGGAAAUAGGAAAUGAGAAAACAAAAUUUUGCUUUUGUGGCACCUAAAAGAAUGGCUGACCUAAGGACAAGCUGGUCAGGGAUCUCAGUAUUCCCUGUAUUUUGAGUAGGAGAGAUAGGCCCGAGGGUUGCUAUUCAUAUUUUAUUCCUCCAGAAGAAUCUCUUAUUCUAAAGUUCUUGAUAAUUGGAACUUUAAGUUAGAAAAUUUAAAAGAAAACACUUGCAUUGUAAAUUGUGCCUCAAAUUUAAUAAACUUUUGUAUUGACGUAAAUAAAAGGUAGAGGCAGUUCACACUAAUGCAGUGUAAUCCUGCAGACCAGUUCCACCAAACAUUGUAAAUAAUAGUUUUAAACAAAACAAGAAAAGGAAAAGGCUCAUUGCUGGAGUGUGAGAUGAAAGAAGUCUUUAAAAGCAGCAAAGGAUAGGCAAGUAGAAGUCACCAGGGAUAUCCCUGAGCAAAUAAAGUUCUUUAAAGUAAUAGUGAACUGUUUUAAAAUUAAGUGGUCUACUCAAUACCAUCGAAAGCCUUUCUCAUUAAUUUCUUUAGUUUCUGCUUUUGGGAUAUUGCCCACAUCCCUCCAUAAUGAAGGGUGAUCAAAUAGUAAGAUUUUCUUAGAACCAACCUUGCUCUUUCCAAAGAGAAAGUAAUACCUCAUUAACCUGGAAUUUGUGGUACAGUCUUGGUUAAUGUUUACCUUUUCACUAUGUAAAAAAAUAACUACUGCAAGUAAUUUUUAAAGCGUUUUAUAUAAAAGUUAUUCUAAAUACAGGACCAUUUGUAGGCAACACUCUUGUAUAUAAAAUUCGUUAGCUGCAUUUAUUUAGAAAUACCUAAUUUUUACCUAAAAGAAGCACUUUCUUAUUAUCCAAAAUAGAGAUUUUAUUAUGGCAACAUGUAUAUAACUCCCAUUUAGUCCAAAAUAGUGAGCUGGGCAUUUAACAAGAGUAAAGACUAUUGUGUAUGUUUUUAGGCAGCAUGAUCUGCAAUACUUAGUUCUGAUUUCCUUUGAAUAGAAAAGAACUUGACCUUCACAGUCUCUGUAUUAAGAACUGUACUUUGUAACAAUGUGAUGAAUUUAAUAGUAUCCAAUUUUGUAUUUUCAUUAUAGUCACGAUUUUUUAAAAGGUAGCAGUGUCUUCAGUUGUGUUCAGAAAAGUAUGUGCCUUAAAUCCUCCGCUCUAUACCUGAAGGGGAACUAUAUCAUUUAAUAAGUUGUUUGUGACAGUCUUGUCACCCUUUGCAUUUGACUUGAGGGAGAAAAACUGUGAUUCUGAGGGAUUUCUUUCACUGAAAUGGGGCCUAAGGUCUCUUGAAUCUAGAGCUUCUGGUGAGGGAAUCCUAAUCGAGCCUACUCUCAGAAGGUCAAAGCCAUAAGGGUAAAGUACCCUGAAAUAAAAUCAGUGAAAAGGUGUGUUCUCUUUAAUACUAUUUUAUAAAGAAAAUUUAUCCACUUCCACUAAGCGGUGAUAGCGGUUCCUAACCAACUUCAUAUUAAUAAUAUAUAAAGAUAGUAUUGCCAUGAGGCCUAGCAUAUGUUUUGAGUGGCUUCUCUAAUACUAGGUUGAGGGCGGGGUAUGUUUUAAUAUUUUUUAAUGUAAAUAUCUGUUCUUUUUCUCUCUCCUUGGUCUAUAUUUACCAAGAAUGAUGGAGAGAAUAACAGUUCACUAACAACAUGCAUUACACAUUAUUGAACAUUUACAGGGUAAUAUUGAGUUGGGUGCUACUAGACUUAUCUAGAAUUGAUCUGUCUCAAUUUAUCAUAAGAGACAAUAUUCAAUUUUGUAAAUAUUAAUAUUAAAAUGUGUUUAAUGAAGGUUUUGUGUUUUUCUUUUAAUACCAUCAUACCAGAAAGCCAUGGUUCCUGGAGAGACUCUACAUUUACCAGAACUUACUUUGGCUGUGAACAAUUUAGAUAAAAUUGUUUUAUACUGAAUUCUAGUCAGGGGAAGAAACUAGGGUGAAAUUGACUUUACUAUUGCUGGUACUACAAAAACAUUACUAAAUUGGUUAAUACUUCUGUCUGCUACUGAUGUUUUAAGAAUCCUUUCACUAAAAUAGUUGACAUUGGUAAAUUAUUGGUAAGGAAUAUUAAACUCAGCGAUCGCUUUACAACAAUCAUGGAGACCUAUGUGCCUGCAAUUGGUGUUUGUUGCAUUUCUGAACCCACUUUAUUCGUGAGAAACAAAAACAAUGGGAGGAAUAUUUUAAUAAGUAUUUUAACUUUUUAUAAAAUUUGGGACUUUAAAGUGUUAAUAAGAUGUUGGAAAUAUAUGUACUUUGGUCAAAUUACCUGAUUUUUAAAUUUUCUGUAUUUGAAAUCUUGUGAGUUAGAAAUACCUAUAUAGGUAUAUAGAUAUUUUAAAACAGAAACAAUAAAUGUAAUUCAGCAACGAUUCAAUGAUUAAAUUUUAUUUUCAGGGCAAGAUACAGUUUAUUGCAUCAGAUUUCUAUAUUACCUUGUAAUGGUAAAUAUUCUAGAAAGAAUAUUUAAGACACUUCAAUCCUAUACAUACAUUUAUUCUCCCAGAACACAUGAAAGAAUGAUCUACAUUAACCCUCUGUGUGCAUUUUGUCAUAUCAAACA